AUGUUUCCCACCAGCCUUAUUGUUUUAUUGUUGGCUGUCGUGUUGUUGCUAAAGCCCAUAGCAGAAUACAUCAUCGACUCCAAAAAUCUCCGUCGCUUUCCCAAUUACAAUGUCCUUUCAGGCAUCACAAAUCUUGGAUACAUGAUUGAACGGUGGCGCGGCUUUCGCUCCAAAACUCUUCACGAUUGUCACAAGGUGCAUCCUGUCGUCCGUAUUGGGCCAAAUUCACUCUCCUUUUCAUCGGUCAGCGCCAUGAAGGCGAUAUAUGGGCACUCUACUACAACUAUUAAAGGCGACAUGUAUUCGGAUGCCGCUGGACCUUAUCCUAACAUUCUUGAUGCAGUGUCCAAAGAUGUGCAUGCUCACAAGCGGCGGCUCUUGUCACACGCCUUCGCUACGCGAAAUCUUGAGCAAUGGGAAUUCAAGAUCGCCGACAAAGUGGAAAGGCUGGUCAAACAAUUCGAUCGAAUCUGCGAUACUCCAGAGGCAACACUUGAUUAUAGCAGAUGGACGAAUUUAUUUACCCUAGAUGCAAUAGUUGAUAUCGCAUUGAGUUACAGGUUGGGCUGUCUCGAUCGGGGAGAUGACGUGAUUUUGACUGAGUCUCCUGAUGGGAAGACAGAAGCAGUCAACUACAUAGAGAGCCUACAUGCUGUCAAGCGGGCAACUUCAGUGAUAGUAUGGUCAUCAGCCUGGUUUGGUAUGCUGCGAUCGACGCUCAAGCUUGUGCCGGGCUUUUUCCGCAAUCAAUAUAGCCGAGGCCAAGGAUAUGACCAUAUGGUUGCUUACCUUACUCAACGACGUAUGCAGCGCUAUCGCGAUGGUGAGGCACUGGAUGACCUACUCCAGUGCAUCCUUGAGGACAAGGAAGGAAAGCCACAAGAGCUUGAGAGUGGUGAAGUUGAAGCCGAAGUUAACGUCUUAUUGGAUGCUGGAUCUGACACAACGGCCACCGCUCUGGUGAACGUUAUGUACUACUUGCUCCAAAAUCCCUCCACUCUUGUUCGUCUUCGACGAGAGCUGGAGGACUUGUCAGAUGAUAACAGUGUCGUUUCUUACAGUCGCGUCAAGGAUCUACCAUAUUUACGCGCCUGCCUUGACGAAUCUUUACGUCUAUCACCUCCAUUGGCGUUCGGUCUGAAUCGUAAAACCGGUCCAGAUGGCGUGUGGGUUGAUGGUAAUUUCAUUCCUGCCGCUACCAUUGUAGCGGUGCCUGCAUAUACAGCUCACCGCAAUCCAGCCAUAUUCACUGAUCCAGAAGAGUUCAGACCAGAAAGAUGGCUGUGUGCUGGCUCCAAAGAAUUGCAGGCGAGCUUCAUCCCAUUUAGUGCAGGGGCCCGUGGCUGCAUUGGCCGCAACAUCACUUACAUGGAACAACUCAUACUGAUGGCUACGUUGGUGCGCCGAUACGAUUUCUCAUUUGUUGAUCCAGAUUGGAAGCUUGAUUACGAGGAGGCUUUUAUUCUAUGGCCCAGUCACAUGCUACUGAACAUCAGUUUGAGACAACAUUCAUGUUCAUAG